UCUGCCUGCAGUCAGCCGUACUUCUCGUUCCUCUCCUUCCUGGAGCUGCUCUCUGUUCCCCUCCGUCGGGUUUUCGCGUCGCCGGGUCGACAGUAGAGCGCAGCGGACGGCAUGGCGGAGCUGGAGGGCCUGGAGUUCGGCAAGUCCGACUUCGUGCUGCUGGACGAGGUGACGAUGGAGCAGUUCGUGGAGAACCUGAAGCUGAGGUUCGAGAAGGGCCGGAUCUACACCUACAUCGGGGAGGUGGUGGUCUCCGUCAACCCCUACCGGGAGAUGGACAUUUACGGCAAAGAGACCAUCGAGGCGUACCGCGGCCGCGAGCUGUACGAGAACCCGCCCCACCUCUACGCCGUGGCCGACGCCGCCUACAAGGCCAUGAAGAGACGGGCCAAAGACACCUGCAUCGUCAUCUCAGGUGAAAGCGGAGCAGGGAAGACAGAAGCCAGUAAAUACAUCAUGCAGUACAUCGCGGCCGUCACAAACGAGAGCCAGAGGGCGGAGGUGGAGAGCGUGAAGAAUGUGCUGCUCAAGUCCAACUGCGUGCUGGAGGCCUUCGGGAACGCCAAGACCAACCGCAACGACAACUCCAGCCGCUUCGGGAAGUACAUGGACAUCAACUUCAACUUCAACGGCGACCCCACCGGAGGACACAUCAACAACUACCUGCUGGAGAAGUCCAGGGUGAUCCAGCAGCAGGACGGGGAGAGGAACUUCCACUCGUUUUACCAGCUGCUCCGCGGAGGCUCGGACCACAUGCUGGAGUCGUGUCACCUGCAGAACGAUCCUGCUGCUUAUGUGUACACCAGAGAGGGGGCGGGGGCGGCGACAGCCACCAACGAUCGCCCCAGUCACAAAGCCGUGAUGAGCGCUCUGGGCGUCAUCGGCUUCUCUCAAGACGAGAUCACUUCAAUUUACCACAUCCUGGCCGCCAUCCUACUUCUGGGUAACGUGCAGUUUGAGAGUGACGGCGAGAGCGUUCAGAUCCAGAACCUGGAGGCGGUGAACCACAUCGCCGAGCUGACACACACCGAUCCAGAAAGUGUGUGUAGGACUCUGCUGUACCGCACCGUGGCCACCGGCGGCGGAGAGGUCUUCGAUAAGGAACACACGGAGCAGGACGCCUGCUUCGGGCGGGACGCCUUCGCCAAGGCGCUCUAUGAGAGACUCUUCUGCUGGAUCGUCAACCGGAUCAACAGCGUCAUCGAGGUGAAGAACUACGACCCGGCGCUGCACGGCAAGAACACGGUCAUCGGCGUGCUGGACAUCUACGGCUUCGAGAUCUUCGACAACAACAGCUUCGAGCAGUUCUGCAUCAACUACUGCAACGAGAAGCUUCAGCAGCUCUUCAUCGAGCUGAUCCUCCGGCAGGAGCAGGAAGAGUACCGCAAGGAGGGCAUCACCUGGCAGCACAUCGAUUACUUCAACAACCAGAUCAUCGUGGACCUGGUGGAGCAGCCGCACAAGGGCAUCAUCUCCAUCCUGGACGAGGCGUGUCUCACCGUGGGGAAGGUCACCGACACCGUCUGCCUGGACAGCAUGGACACCAAGCUGGCUCAGCAUCCCCACUACGCCUCCCGCAAGCUCUGCCCCACUGACAAGUCCAUGGACUUCCAGAAACACUUCCGGAUCCGCCACUACGCCGGAGACGUCACAUACUCUGUGGAGGGCUUCUUGGACAAAAACAAGGACUUACUCUUCCAGGACUUCAAGCGUCUCAUGUUCAACAGCGCCGACCCCGUCCUGACCCAGAUGUGGCCCGAUGGCCAGCUGAGCAUCACCGAGGUCACCAAGCGGCCGCAGACCGCCGCCACGCUCUUCAAGAACUCCAUCGUGGCCUUGGUGGAUAAGCUGGGCUGCAAGGUGGGUGCUGGUGGAGGGUCCGGGGUCUCCACCUCCAGGUUCGGGGGUUUCCACCACGGCAGCACCGGAGACCUGGAGACCACAGGUCCGAGCUGCUGCUCCACCAUCGGGGUGGAGGACACCAAGGACACGGAGGACAUGGAGGACAUGGUUCCUCUGGGACUCAGUGCUCAGAAAGCACAGAGGUCCAACAGUAGAACGCGGUUCGGGUCCGGACCAGGGAGGCCGUGUGUCCUGAUCGCCCCCCCCCCAGGUCUCACUGUCGCCCACAUGGCGUUGAGUCUCCAGUCAGAGCGCCGUCCAGAACCCUUCAGGAACAAUCUGGUCCUGGUCCUGGAACACUGGACCGGCUCU